AGUUCUGACUGCAAGGCAAGAGCAGAGAACAGACUAAACGGGCCAGCAGAGGGAAAAAAAAAAUCUGCCCCCGAACUCAAAGAGAGAGAAACAGAGACAUCUGCUGAGUUUUUGGAGAGAAAGAGACCUGUUGGAAUUUACUGCAGAGUUCCAGCCUUUAUUUUCAUUUAAAGAAAGGACUUUUUUUUCUUUUACAAGUCAGUCUGCACAUAACUUUAAACGAGUUUUGCACUGGAUUUGAUCCCUUUUUAAGAUUUUUAUGCUCGUGCGUAAUUUUGGGAACAAUUUUGUGGAAUUUUAAAGACUUUGUGUUUCGUAGCUUUUAGUGGAAAACCUUUUAAAGGAUUUAUUUGCUUCCUGGUAGAGACUUUAUUAUCAUUUCACUCCUCUAACUGUUGGAUUGCAGUUAAAUGAUGUUGCUUUUACGCGUUUCCAUCGGUUUGAUUGCCGCUCUGUGCGUCGGCGCGGCGCAAGGCGUCUGGCAGGAGAGCACCGUGGUGCCCAUCAGACUCGACCCAACAACCCGAUCGGAGAGCCCGACCGAACCGUGGCGGACUCUCUCCCCAGAAGAGAAGGAGAAGGAGGCGGAGAUGAAGGAGUACCGAUUGGACGUAUUCGGCGAGGAGCUGGUGUUGCAGCUCGAGCCUGACCAGACCUUCUUGGCACCAGGUUUUGUCUUCAGUUUAGUGGGGAGCCCCGAGUCAGAACCCACGCAGAUACCAUCAAACAGUGGAGCCGAACCGGGUUGUUUCUUCUCCGGCACGGUGAACGGAGAGGAGCACUCCGCCGCUGCGCUCAACCUGUGCCACGGACUCAGGGGCGGAUUCUACUUUCAGGGCGAAGAGUAUUUUAUUCAGCCCCAGAACUCGACUGACUUUCAGGGCUCCGAGGAGGACGUCCACACCAUCCGCCGCAGAAGUCGUGCCGCUUUGGCGGAGGAGGGGAGCUCCAAGUGCGGGGUCAACGAGGACGAGGAGAGGGUGCCAAAGAAUCUGGAGAAAGAAGCUUGGAAAGAAGCCGCAAACGCAGAGCAGACAGCCCACCACAGGAGCAGACGUUUCGUUUCCACCCCUCGCUACCUGGAGAUCAUGCUGGUGGCCGACCAGUCCAUGGCUGAGUUCCACGGCGCGGGGCUCAAACCCUACCUGCUGACCAUCAUGGCAGUCGCCUCCCGCCUCUACCGCCACCCCAGCAUCCACAACUCCAUCAGCCUGGCGGUCGUGAAGCUGCUGGUGGUGUACGAAGAGGAGCGGGGCCCUCAGGUGUCGUCCAACGCCGCCAUGACUCUGCGCAACUUCUGCCAGUGGCAGCGGCAGCACAACCCGGCCAGCGACCGCCACCCCGAGCAUUACGACACCGCUGUGCUCUUCACCAGGACGGACCUUUGUGGCGCCCACUCUUGUGACACGCUUGGCAUGGCCGACGUUGGCACGGUAUGCGACCCCGACAGAAGCUGCUCAAUCAUCGAGGACGAUGGGCUUCAAGCGGCAUUCACAGUCGCUCACGAACUGGGCCACGUCUUCAACAUGCCGCAUGACGAUGCCCAGCUGUGCUCCGGCGUCAACGGCGCCCACUGGGGCUCCCACAUGAUGGCGUCCACCUUGUCGAACCUAGACCAGCAGCAGCCUUGGUCCCCGUGCUCCGCCCUCAUGGUCACCACCUUCCUGGAUAACGGCCACGGCCAGUGCCUUCUGGACAAACCCGUCAAACCUCAACAGCUCCCUCAGCCCCUGCCUGGGACGGUCUACGACGCUGACCAUCAGUGUCGCCUGACCUUCGGGGAAGACUCCCAGCACUGCCCGGAUUUGAGCACCACCUGCGCGGCCCUGUGGUGCACUGUGACAACGUCCAAUGGUUUGCUGGUGUGCCAGACCAAGAACUUCCCAUGGGCUGAUGGAACGUCAUGUGGGCAUGACAGCUUCUGCUUGGCUGGACAGUGUCUUACAAAGAGCCAAGCCGCCAAACACCAGACUCCUGUCAACGGUGGCUGGGGCCUGUGGGGUCCUUGGGGCGACUGCUCUCGGACCUGCGGCGGAGGGGUCCAGUAUUCCUUCCGUUCCUGCGACAACCCUUUGCCCAAGAAUGGGGGCAAGUACUGCGAGGGCAAGAGGAUCCAGUACCGCUCCUGCAACACAGAGGCCUGCCCUGACACCAAUGGCCUGUCAUUCCGGGAGGAGCAGUGCCUGGCCCACAACGAUAUGUCAGCCCAAGUGUCGCUGGGUUCAGGCGAGGGUGUUGAGUGGGUGCCCAAGUAUGCCGGAGUUUCACCCAAAGACCGCUGCAAGCUGGUGUGCCGGGCCAAGGGGACUGGAUACUUCUUUGUCCUCAAAUCCAAGGUGGCUGACGGCACACCCUGCAGUCCGGACUCCACCUCAGUCUGCGUCCAAGGCCAGUGUGUGAAGGCCGGAUGCGAUCGCGUCAUCGGCUCCAACAGGCGCUUCGAUAAGUGCGGCUUGUGUGGUGGAGACGGUUCCACCUGCAAGAAAGUGUCCGGCUCUCUGGAGCGCGCAAGGCCUGGUUAUCAGGACAUUGUAGUUAUCCCCGCUGGUGCCACCCACGUAGAUGUCAAGCAACGCGCCCCAGGCAACGGGCGCAACGAUAACAGCUACUUGGCCGUGCGCCGCCAGGACGGAACCUACCUGUUGAAUGGAGAUUACAAGCUGAUGACCAUGGAGACUGACAUCGCCUUGCAGGGAUCGCUGCUGCGAUACAGUGGCUCCUCCGCCAGCCUGGAGCGCCUGCGAAGCUUCGCCCCACUCCCCGAGCCCCUUACCAUCCAGGUGCUGUCCGUGGGAGAAGCUCCAAGACCCAGAGUUAAGUACAGCUACUUUGCGCCCCGACCCAGAAAUGCUGCUUCAGGCUCGGGCAGCAACAACGGAGGCCGCCGCCAGUCCAUCAACGCCAUCAGAGAGGUUGGAGCCGAGUGGACCCUAAGGGAGUGGGGUCCAUGCUCGCAGACUUGCGGAGGCGGUAUGCAGCAGAGGGAGGUGGUGUGUUUAGAUCCCCAGGGCCGUCCGUCCAGAGAUUGCCCAGAGGAGCUGCGCCCGUUGGCGUCAAGGUCCUGCGCCCCUCAGGCCUGUCCCUCCUGGCUUCUGGGAGAAUGGUCGGCGUGCUCAAAGACCUGCGGGCGAGGCUUCCGCAAACGCCAGCUGCGCUGCAUCGGGCACGACGGGCGCACGCUAACCCACGACAGCUGUGACUCCAAAGACCGGCCACGGCCCCUGCUGGAACUGUGUAAUCAGGGUGCCUGUUAAGGGACCGCUUCCGAAAGCCAGAUACAAACUUUGAUCUUCACGGCCUCCGUUUCCCGAAGAACAAUCCCACGAGGCUGAUGAAUGUUUACAUCCAGAACCAGCGAGCUGCAAGUUUUGACUGGUUCGACAAAGACUGUCAAUGCUCCUUUUUUUUUUUUUUACCUUAGACCUCCAUCCAUUUCGGCGGCAGAAACUGGUCCAACUGGCGCUAGCGGCAGAGACUGAUUACAGCUCGCUGCCUGUCUUGCCUCAGUGCAGUAGCGGCACAUUUGACCUCCCGUCACCGGGAGCUAGAAAGCAUGGACAUUCCUGAUUUUGAAGGAGCAUGCUGCUUACUGUGCCAACGCUUGAGUGUGUGAGUUUGAGAGUAUGUGAGAUUUUUUUUUUUAUAUAUAUAUAUAUAUACAUAUAUAAUGAUGUUUGUCCAAGCUGGGCUGGACGGACAUCCAGGGGUUCGGGUUGGGGAGGUUAUCGCAGAGUUUAUAAAGAAACAAAUGAAUGAGAAGAGCUCAUAUUCUACUUGCUCAGCCCAUCAGGUAUGGAAUAUACGAUAGCAAAUAGUCCUAGUGUUUAUGCUCAAACUGCCAGUUUAUUUAUCACAGACCUGUAGCACUUCAACUUUGUUUUUGCCAGUGGCACAUUUGAACACCCAGCUGUCUCUAAAAGCCUCAGUACACCGUACUUUGUCCUUUAGCCAUAUCUUGCCCUCAACUACACAGCCUUUAAUGAGGGAACUCUUCACAGACCAAAGAGGAGUGAGUGUGUGUGUUAGUGAGUGUGUAUGUGUGUGUGUGUGUGUGUGUGUGGAGACCUAAAGAGGGACUUGUCUCCUGCUAAUACUUCAUAAGUAAGUCUCUCCUGCCUUCUGCGAAGGCACCUUUUGUUUUCUAUCGUGUCUUUUCCUUUUGUACAGAAUAUCCAAACAUUAUUUAUUUUUGUACAGCCUGUUAAAUAUAAUCAUGUGGCUUUUUUUAAAUAUUAUUUUUUAUUUGUUAUUGAGAUCACAGAAGGGAGUAGAGUAUAUAGAGUAUUUAUACAGUGUUUUAUAUAUAUAUAAAUAUAUAUAUAUGGUCCUAGGUUCAUGAAUAAAGUAUCACAUUGACAUGUGCA